GUACCAACCUUCAUAAAACAGAAAAAGAAGUGUGCGGUUGUUUCCGGUGGAAGCCAACAUUUACAGCUUAGUAAUUGUAAAGAAUUAAUUUAGCUACUUUCUUCUUGGAUUUAUUUAGUUUAGAAAUCUCGUGUAAGCUAAAUUAUUAAGAGGACUUGAAUCGAAGUAAGAAAACUAUUUUUUCUUCGAUAAUAGUCAGCUAACAACCAUGUUCAUAAACGCGGACGGUAGCAGGUAGAUGUCUGACUGGCUAGCUUGUUGGUGGAUACAUUGCCAUCUUCAUGCAUAAACCUAGAUAGCUCACGUUAGCUAACUGGGUUGCUAGCCAGUUAUAAUGAGAUUUUACUGAAUGAAUUUUAUUUUUAUCACUGAGGAGUUCGGUGUUUAUAUUCUGUUUUUGGAGAGAGCAGCGAGAACAAGCUAGCUCUAACGUUAAUUUAUUUUAAUGUUAGUGCUACUCUAGCUACAUGGUGUAGCUCUAGCUAGCGGCGAAGUUCCUCUGCAGUUUAAUUAGCUACCCGGACAACCACAAUUGACAGGGCACUGUGCGACUCUGCUAGUUGGCUGGCGAGCUAGUUUAGCUUGCAAGCGUGUUUUUGUUGUGCUCUUACCAAGGAUGGCAUCUUCGUCUGGAAACGAUGAUGAUCUUACAAUACCCAGGGCAGCUAUCAACAAAAUGAUAAAAGAAACUCUUCCUAACGUAAGGGUUGCAAACGAUGCCAGGGAACUCGUGGUGAAUUGUUGCACUGAAUUUAUCCACCUCAUCUCUUCCGAGGCAAAUGAAAUUUGCAACAAGUCUGAAAAGAAAACAAUUUCUCCUGAACAUGUUAUAAACGCGCUUGAAAGCCUUGGUUUCGCAUCCUACAUCACCGAGGUGAAAGACGUUCUACAGGAGUGUAAAACAGUAGCGCUUAAAAAAAGAAAGGCAAGCUCCCGCCUAGAAAACCUUGGCAUUCCCGAAGAAGAGCUGCUCAGACAGCAGCAGGAGUUAUUCGCAAAGGCACGGCAGCAGCAGGCGGAGCUGGCCCAGCAGGAGUGGCUGCAGAUGCAGCAGGCUGCGCAGCAGGCGCAGUUAGCUGCGGCCUCCGCUAGCGGGGGUCUGCAGGCUUGCUCUUCUCAGGACGAAGAGGACGAGGAGGACGACGUGUAGCCACCGGGGCAGAGCACGUCACAGGCUGCUGCCCCCUUAUCUCAGCGAGGCGAGGCCAGCACCGGCUCUGCUAGUCUCCCCAGCACUCUGACUCUCAGCCCUGACUGCCUUGUGCCAUUUCACAGUGGAGAUUUCAAAAUCAGAUUCUGUUUGGUCUUAAGGUAACUGUGUUUUUGUUCCUCUCUCAUUACAUGCAGGAUGAGAUCGGUCAAAAGUGAAAUCUUUGUCAUAUGUACACUCUUGGUUAAGUUAGAGAGGGAGCACUUUUAACCUUUGGGGUACUUUCCCUUUUUAAAGUCAGUUGUAUUUAUAUUUUUUCCCUUUGUUUGAUUAAAAUCUUCUGUUAGAAUAUUGAAACAAAAUGUUCUUGCCGAGUGAGGAUAUUGUUGUUUUUCCCUGGUAAAUUAUUUUCCCUGAAAUAGAUUUUUUAUGGAAAGUGACUCUUCACUCUUGAUGUAUGAAUUAUACAGAGUUUAACUCUGAAACACUUCCAGGCCUGCCAUGUAAAUUUAGUUUGAUUUGUAAAUAUAAUUUUAAAUAAUGCUUUUGGUUAUUUCUGGGUAGCCAAGCUAUGCUAUGGUGUAUGUUGGUUUUUGGCUUAUUCCACCCCUUUUCAGUAUUGCUGUCACUGCUUUCAGAAGUCUAAAUGAGGUAAGAGACACUUUUUUGCUAGAACCAAAGAGAAGAGAGGAGGGAGCCCUGUAUGUGGUUGAGUAAAUUUUUCAUCGCAGUCAUGCAUUUGUUCCUCCUAUAUGAAAAACAGAAAAGUUUGGUUUGUACUGUACUUAUUAUCUAUUAAGUGAACCUUAACUUUCACUUUGUAAACCGUUGUUUUGAUAUAUGAACUCUUUUUCCAUUGUGAUGCAUAGAAGUUGCAUUGUGGAUGUGUGUUGAAAUCCAACAAGUAAUGAUUGGUUGACACCCAUUCUCAUGCCUUCUCAUCAUUUCUCUGAGCAAUAAAGUUGACAUGUUUUGUUAAGUUAAA